AGUAAUGGAGAUGAAGAACGAUGAGGAUUCAUCGUCGGAACAAAGAGUCGUCUAUGAAUACGAUUUCUUCAACGAAAACCGCACCUGCCCCAUUCGCAGUCACAUUCUCCCAAUUGAAAGAGAAUCAACACCAGCGGAGAUGAAGAAACAAAGAGUCGUCUAUGAAUAUGAUUUUUUCGACGAAAACCGCACCGGCCCCAUACGCAGUUUCCUUGUCCCAAUUGAAAGAGAAGCAACUCCAGCAGAUAUGUUUGAAGUGUUUGAAAAGACGCUGGAGGCCAUGGACUUGUCGAACACGCUUUUCGUGAGGGAGAUCGAGAGAGUAAUGUGGUUUCUUAGAGAAAAAGAGAGAAAGAAGCUAGAGAGAGGAGGGUUUCUUGAGGUUCCAACGAUAGAUCCAAGUGGCAACGUUUACAAGAUGCAGUUGAAGCAAAGCCCUAUCUUCAUCGGCGUGGCUGAGAUGAGUGGAGAAUGGGCCAAGCUUGUUGGUGACAACAAAUUGAAGAAAGGGGAUUGGGUUUAUGGUUGGGGAUAUCGCAGAGACGGACACUUCUGCAUCGCCAUCAAUUACCUGAGGUUUAAGGCCUCAUGCGAUUGCAAUAAAAGUUUACUUCUACCUUUUAGUUGUUUUUAGUUUUGACUUAGAGUCAAAUUCUAUCCCGU